AUGCCACAACCAGUGGACCCAACUGCCGUUGCCAAAUAUGCGGCCGCCUUUGGGAAGCAGGAGCAGCUGAGGAGCUGCGGCUUCUCAUUUCUGUGUGAUGUCUCAGGGAAACUAUUUAAAAACAGAAGGGUGGCCUUGAAGGACAUCAACGGGAACACUCAGGCCAUCAAAGCUGUGAUGAUGGUGAGUCGGGGAAUGGGCUACUACUCCGCAAGGGUCUUCCAAAAGUCAAUAUUGAAAUUCUAUGUUGACUUCAAACUCCUUCCUCGGGGAAUGCAAGUUGAAAUGGAGUGCGUACAAAAAUGGUCACUUAAGAUGGCAUUGGCCCUUCGUCGCAUGGCAAGUGCCUUCCGGCGGAACUACAAACGUGCAGCCACUGCAAAGUUGACCAAGAUCAACAAAUUGAAGAAGGAUCUUGUUGGCGUAGUUGAAUUUACACCUGGUGUUAUGGGCAAAGACAAAGAUGACGAGGACUCUGAGGAGGAGUGUUCCGAUACGGAGACCAUUGAAUCUUUGGGGGAACUCAGCCUUGUAGAAUUUCCAGAAGAUCAAACACCAGAGCCAGUCUGUGAAUCCCAAUAUGACCAAAAGCUUUUGCAGUUGGCGCAGCAGUUUUUGAAUGCGAAGAAAGCUCAGCAGGGUACUCCAGAAAAUGGUCAGGGCAAACAUGAGAAUGUGAAAUGUGUUGAGAAGCCAAAGUCCAGCGUUGUCUUGCCCAGUUUCGUUCUCCAGAGCAUCAAGAACAGCGACCAGGCACCGAAACCGUUUCCGAUCUCAAAGCAGUACAAGGCGCGUUCGAAGAAGGGUGACACGACCCAGGUAUGGAGCUGCAGCUUCUGGAUGGGGGCCAUCGGCGGAUCUACAGCCAAGCGUCAUCGAUUGUUUUCCAAUAGCAAGCGGAUCCUGAGCGAGGUGGACCGGGUUGCUGGCUAUCUCUCCCGGGCUGAUAUGAGGAUGUUGCCUGGGGAUCCUCUAGUUCGCAAAUAUGUGGACCAAAACGGGAUUCGGAGACAUGCUGGAAUUCCAGGUAAACUGAAAGCCUCCCAGCAUUAUUCCAUGGAGUUUGGACAUUUGAUCGGACAGCUUGUGGUGGAUUCAAUGGAUGAGAAACUUCCCGACCCAAAAUGCGAUGCUCACCUGGAUCUAUCACGUGGUGAUGCAGAGAUCUUCAGGGAUCACUAUAUGCUGGCUGGCCAUGGGGCUGCUCGAGCAGGUCUUGGGGAUAUGUGGGAAGAUGCAGAGCUGCCUGCUGCUCUCAUGUAUUUGGCCAAGAAUCGAGAUAUGCAGCCUCGUGGGCGAUGGGCUGCUCGCCUGAGUUGGUGCAGGCAAUGUUCGAAUUCAGGGUGGAUGUCCCAUAACAUGGAGGAUAUCAUAUAUAUUUGUUUCAAAAAAUAG